AUGCGCCUCCUCAAGAUCAGGGAACAGUACACUCACACUCAUUAUUGCCCUCGGCUCUCUAACAGGAUGUGUGGCCGGUUCCUGAGGCAGCUGGUGGCUGAGGAGAGCCGGCACUCCACCUCCGUGGGACGCCUUCUGCUCCCUGUGCUCCUGGGGUUCCGCCUCGUGCUGCUGGCUGCCAGCGGGGCCGGGGUCUACAGCGACGAGCAGAGUGAAUUCGUGUGUCACACCCAGCAGCCAGGCUGCAAGGCCGCCUGCUACGAUGCCUUCCACCCCUUCUCCCCACUGCGCUUCUGGGUCUUCCAGGUCAUCUUGGUGGCUGUGCCCAGCGCCCUCUACAUGGGUCUCACUUUGUAUCAUGUCAUCUGGCUUUGGGAAGAGUCAGGAAAGGGGAAGGAGGAGGAGACUCUGAUCCGCCGAGGGGAGAAGAGCAGAGAUGCCUCUGGUCCUGGAAGCCCCAGGCUGCUCUGGGCCUAUGUGGCACAGCUGGGCGUGCGGCUGGUCCUUGAGGGGACAGCCUUGGGGGUACAGUACCAUGUGUAUGGGUUCAACGUGCCCAGCUCCUUUGCAUGUCGCCGAGAGCCUUGCCUUGGUAGUAUAACCUGUUACCUGUCCCGCCCGUUUGAGAAGACCAUCUUCCUAAAGACCAUGUUUGGGGUCAGUGGGCUCUGUCUCUUGUUCACGCUUUUGGAACUUGUGCUCCUGGGCCUGGGGCGAUGGUGGAGGGCCCGGAAGCACAGAUCUCCCCCUUCUAACUACUCCCCAACUUCAGAGAGCACCAGAAGACACAAGGAACCGACUGAAAACUUCCCAGUGGUGGAGACCAAAGAGCCAUUCCGAGAAGCAGGUGAGAAGAGCACUGAUGUCCCUCUUUCUUCCUGCUCCUGA